AAGGAAAUGACCGUCAGCAUCUGCCUGCAUGGAUAGAGCCAAACGCCAAUCCCUCAGUGGACAACACAAAGUACUGAACCGUUGUAUAAUCAACUGGAAACAGAAAGUAACUUUUCACCUACAUAGCCUAUAUAUCGCAUCCAGUCACACCCUGGCUUUAGUCUUCUUAUGUCAAUAAAGAGGUCAACAUGGGAGGUGAAUCAUCAAGACCAGCAGCACCACCAUCACCAGUUUAUGACAAAGCUUGGAGGGAGGUUGACUGGACGAAGAGAGAUACCAUGAUUAAGGAACUGAAGCAAUUCAGUUUGAAUGAUCCUGAUAUGGGCCAGCUCAGGAUCCUGCUAAUUGGACCAAUUGGCACAGGAAAGUCCAGCUUUGUUAACUCAAUCAAAAGUGCUAUUUCUGGUCGUAUGGUGACUGCUGCGCUGGCAGAUGCUGACACAGGCACAAGCUUCACCAAGAUCUAUCAAACACAUUACAUUAGAGAUGGAAAAGGACGCUUACCUUUUGCAUUCAAUGACGUCAUGGGUUUGGAGCCUGAUGAAUCAAGGGGGGCGCACCCUGCUGACAUCAUCAGCAUUCUUAGAGGACAUAUCCGAGAAGGUUAUCAGUUCAACCCCACUUGUCCCUUGACACAAGAAAAACCAGACUACAACAGCAGUCCUGAGUUAAGAGACAGAGUCCACUGUUUAGUGGGUGUCAUGUCUGCAAAUGCUGUAUCUGGAAUGUCAGCUGGAGUCAAACGCAAGCUGAGGACCAUAAGGGAGAAAGCUAGCAGUCUGGGUUGUUGGAAGUAUUACUAGGGAUGGGUGAACUAUGCCUUGGUGCUUUCUUUCGGAUUGUGCCUGGCAAAGUGCUGAAGUUCAAGCAUGUGGAAAGUCGAGCUCACAGGGACAUCUGGUGGUUAUCGAAACAUAUAGCAGCCAUUUAAACUCGAGACUGAAGACGAGGCCUUUUAGUAGUCUACUGUACGACGGCCAGACAGGUAGUAAGAGGUAGACAGGAAAUGUAUGAUAGGGGAAGACACACAGGAAUGGCCGGAGCCAGAAUUGAACUUGACCCGCUGCGUUAGGGCUUCAACUGUACGUGCUGUACCGCCGUUUGGAGGUACAGUACCGGGGGAGCCACCGGGCGCUCCAAACCCACAUGUUUCCUCUUGAGACCCCCUCCACCCGUGUAUCACAGGUUGCAGUGAAGAAAUAAAGUUCUGUGACGACCUCCCAGAUAUUGGUGCAGAUGCUGAUGGGGUCCAACACAACUUGUACCACAAAGACGUCCGGUUAGCUUCACAGCCAACACCAAAGCCAGCCCUCCAGAUUAAACCCUUGCUGCCUGUAGUUACCUUCCAAGCUCCUCGUCUUUAAGCACUGUACAGAAGGACAGCCUAUUAUU